AUGCAUCCCGGUACGUCGGUGCACCAUCAAGAGACGACCCUAAAAGGGGGAGAAGUAGAGCCGCCACAGUCAGCAAAUGGCGAUAAUGAGAUACGGAAACAAAAUACGAUAUACGAGUCUGUAGAAAUGGCCAAUCCGGCUGCCCUGAUAGGUCAACAGGGCGGCGAAACGAUGCCCCAUCCGGAUACCAAUACCGAAGCCUCCCAAUCGCGCCCGCUGUCGCCGCUCAACGAUAAAUUGGAAAGCUCUUCGGAUUUGCAGUUCAAGAAAAAAGAUUACCAGAGGUCGCGCACCCUACUGUUCCAGUCAGUGUUAUCGUCUGUAUCGCUUAAGUCGCUUAAACAUCAAUACACCACUCCAAAACCGGCAUUGGAGCGGAACACAUCUAAUCUCCUGCAGCAAGGCAUCAAGAACUUCCAGUCGUACAUCCAGGCCCCUGUUUUGCUGCUGGUGACGAAUCCUCGUUCCGACGACAACGUAGCCAUUGGUCAAAGACUACCUUUUGAUGCCGAAGGGAAAGUCGCCUCCAAGAACUCGCUGAAUUUGAAUGAGCGGCGCCCCAGUACACAUCCUGCUGCGGAUGCUGGCGCUUCCGACGAUGACAUAUACAAGGAAGAAACUAUUCUUCAGCAGCAGAAGUUAACUCUCAACGCCCUAAAAAAGUUGUCUCUUUCACUAGCUCCAAUAAUUAGGCCCGAGGAGGAAGAGGAAGCCAAUGGCUCGACGCACCGUGUUGCAAGCACACUGCGCAUCAGCAGCAAGCUGCUUAACUCACCUAAUACCAACAAUACUUCCCGCAACUCUGUCUCGGCCUCUGCCUCAAAUAUGUUAACCAUGACUGCUGCACACCCUGAAUCGGCAGCAAACUCUGGCACCAAAGUAUCUCACGAAUCAUCUAAGGCUGCUUCAGACCGAGUUUCUAAACCUUAUCUCCCAGCAGAGGUGGACCUCUCGCAAUUUUCUAGUUUGACCCGGCAAGGGCGCUUCAGUAACCGUCCGGAACGCGAGCCGCUGGUAAAGUCUCCAAUUUCAACAAAUGAAAUUUCGAGUCCAGUCAGCGCCACAGAGCCUUCCGGCCGUGUCCUUUUCCCCGACAACGCUCCUGCCUCCACAAUUCCAGAACAGCUUCAACCUUUUGUGAAUCUACCCCUCUCUGAGAACCAGCGCAUUAAUGAUCAAUUGAACAAUGGCCGUGAAAAGCCUGAGUUGAAGCUCAACAUGACCCGUCUUCAGGACAGCUUUGACGUCCAAGCAAAUUCUACUUCGCCAAAACGAAACCAAGCAUCAUCUCAUGCGAAUCAAAAUUUGCGGGCGCCUAACCCACUGACAGAAUUAUAUGUGGGACGCACAAACAACAACAUGAGUGAAAAAAGCUCAAUGAACGCACCUAACAUUCCCAACCGUGCGCUCCCACUCAAAAAGCUCCAGCAAAUCAACGGAUUCAGAAGCCCAAUGUAUAUACCAGCCGUUCUCCGGAAGACUGAAACCGCUGUAGAUGAUGAUGAUGCAACAAAUGGAGACACAUACUUGUUUUCUCACGAUCCUCGUAUUGGCGCAUAUCAUGGAGCACACCCCCAUCAUUCACCGUCGUCAGCCCCAAUUUCAGUAGCUACCACCGCUAACAACUCUAGCAAUGUCCUGAUACGAAGCAAUGACCUGGCAUCGUCACAGACAGGAAACAAUGGUACAACUGAUAAUGACUAUUCCACUUACAGAAUUCCAAAUGGCAGCGCACCAAAGACAUCUUCAAGCAGCACUGGGCCAUUUCCUCUUAGUCAUAAUGCCAAUAUUCACAACAAAGGCGCACGCUACGUUCAGUAUCAUCUGCACAUCGUCAAUGCGCCACCAACCCGUCACCACUGGCUCAAAGAUGAAUCUGUUGCUGAGUGUGGGAUCUUAUCAUGCAAAAAGAAAUUCAACUUUUUCGAGCGCCGCCAUCAUUGCAGAAAGUGUGGAGGAAUCUUCUGUAAAGAGCACACUCUGCAUUACUUGUACAUCAAUCAUUUGGCACAAUUUACCACUGGCGGUAGAGGUACAUUGUCUCGCGUAUGCGCUCGCUGUAUUGCAGAGUAUCGCGAGUUUGCAAAACGCGAAUACGGAACUCAUGAUGGGCAAGAAAGAUUGGGAGAUCCCCGCCAGAAUGCGAGCGCCCAGAACCUAUCCAACUCGAGCAGCCAAAAUGAGCCCGGAGCUUAUAGAGCGACUGCGCUGGAGCACAGACAAGAUAGCUUUGUUACGAGCCCAGACGAGAAUAGCAAAGACACUGUUGUGGGAUCAGUUCCUGCCAACUGGAGCUGGUCUUCUUUUUAG